AUGAACCUACACAGAGUGUUCACCAACAUAUGUUUCUCACUCGUCCAUCAAUACAUCCAGCGUUUUAACGAGGUGUCUGGCAGCAAGUCAGCUGUCAUCCGGAUAGCAUCAAAGACUCCUGGAGUAAUGAUCACGCAGUAUGUAGUGAGCAUACCGGAGGGGAAAAGCGCCCCAGAUUUUCUGAGUAAACCGAUCCCUCUUACUAUCAAGGAAGGGAAAGUAGCCAUUUUCAAGGUUGUGGUGACAGGGGAUCCGAAACCAGAAGUGUCAUGGAGAAGAGCUAAAGGGCCGACGACGGACAAGGACAAAUUUCAGAUUAAAUAUGAUGACUCAACAGGAGAGCAUAUAUUAGAGAUUAUCAAAGUGUCUGGUGAGGAAUCGGACACAUACAAAUGCUCCGCUGCCAACGAAUAUGGAAAAGCUGUCUGCACAACUACAUUAAAUGUGGAUGAGGCUUCAAAAAAUCCCUCCGACUUCAGAAAGCUGCUGCGGAGAAGUAAAGGACAGGAAAAAGCAGGAGGGGAAACUGAUGAAAGAUUCUGGGACAAAAUGCUGAAUGCCGACAAGAAAGACUACAAGCGCAUCUGUACCGAGUUUGGUGUUGCGGACUUAGAUUUGAUUCUCAAGAAACUGGAUGAGAAGAAGAAGAAGGAGAGGGCGCAAAAUAAGUGUAAGGAUGGUGCGAUGUCAUAUGAUGAAGACGGAACGGAGAAUCACGGCCUUGCGAGUGCUGGGAGGACGACGAAUUCUAAUAUUAAGGGCCUGAUGCAAAGAUGCACGGGGCUCGAUCAGGUGGAUGAAGAGGGGAACCUCCUCUUCACGGGGCUGAAUCUGACGGAAGAAGAGGCCACCCUCCUCUCUUCUGAAUUUAAACUUUCCGGCGUGGACUUUGUUAUCAAAAUUCAGGAGCUUACAGCCGAAGAAAGACAGGACGCCCUCUUUGCGUGCGUCCUGACACACCCACUACCCACUAUCACGUGGAUGGGCAAGGGCAGGGCCUUGGCGGAGGGAGAGAAAUACAGCAUAACCGUGUCAGAACACAAACUGAUCCACCGACUGCUGAUCAAAGACUGCGACCUCCUGGACAAAGGCAUCUAUUCGGCUGUAGCUGGCGAUGCGUCGUGCAGCGCUUGGCUGGAUGUUCAAGCUGACAGUGACCCUGCAUCUGCCGGCCUGAAGAGAAGUCGUAAAGCUAACUUGGCGAGUGGAGCGACGAUCGACCUCGAGAAGGUGGCCAAAGAGCAACAAAUGAAAAACCGAGAGCAGAUGGAGAGGAUUUUAGCAGCCGUGAAGGAAAAACACAGAGAAGGACAAGUGGAAGAAGGGAAGUCAUCAACCACAAGUGGAAGAGAUGGUGAAAGAAAGGCAGCCACUGGACCGGGUAGAAACAACGGAGCAAAAACCAGUGCCCUGUCCGGGCAACCAGGGAGCAAAGAGAAAGCCAAGAACAAGAACUCAAGAAGAAAAGGCAAAGGAGCUAAAUCAGACGAUUCAGGGUGUGUAACGCAAGCAGGAGAGCAACGCAUAGGUGUCCAUAAGAAAAAGAAGCGCAUCAGAUCUGGUCAAAUGGAGUUUGACAAGGUAACAGAUACUGAUGAAGAAGAAGAAUUUUCUGAAGACGAUGAGGACUUUCCUGGAUCUGCAAAUAAUUCAAGACACAGAAAACAUGGUCAAGAGAAAGAAGAUGAACAAACUGAUACUGAUGAAGAGGAAUAUUCUGAAGAUGAUGAGGACAGUCCUGGAUCUGCCAUUAAUUCAAGACACAGAAAACAUGGUCAAGAGACAGAAGAUGCACAAAUUGAGUCCAGCUGCAGAGCUGGAAAUAAAGACUCUACUGCGACUGUCAGACGCCCGAGGCACAAAAAGAAGGCUCAACAGAAAGGACUUACUUCUGGGCAAGAUCCAAAUGAACUAGCAAGUGACGAUGAAGCAAGUGAAAGUGAUGAGAGUGUGGACUCGACUGGCCAGCACAAGCAUCCAAGCUCUUCAAAGAAAAGCAAGAAGCAACAGAAAGCUGUUAAUGGUGAAGGUACGUGUCCUGAAGACCACAGUGAGUAUGACGAGACUGAAGAUGCGUCCGGCAGAGCAGCACAUUCAAGGCGUAAAAGACAAGGACCACUGAUCGAAGACGUGCUGAUUGAUCCAGGGGUUCAUUUCAUCUGUGGUUUGUCUGAUGUCAGUGCCGUCAUCAAUGAGACUGCUGAGUUCACAUGUAAGCUCAGCAGUGAAGACUGUGAGGGAGCCUGGUUCAGAGACGGCAAAAAGAUAUCCCCAGAUGACAAUUUCAGUGUGACUAAAGACGGAGCGAUCCAUAAAUUAGUCAUAAUCAGGUGCGAGGAAGAGCACUCUGGGAAAUACCGCUUUGAGGCUGACGGUCGUAAAACAGAGGCAAUGAUCAACGUCAAAGAUCCCCCCAGGUUUGACCACGAAGACCUCCAGGCUUUCACCGAGCCUGUGACAGUGAAAGUGGGGCACAACGUCAUCUUCAAACUGAAUUUUGUUGGCAAUGAACCCAUAAAGAUUAGGUGGUACAGAGAGGGAGAAGAGCUCCUCGAUGACAACAACACAAAGAUAGAGAAAUCUGCAAGUCACAGCCGCUUGCUCCUGAGCAGGUGCCAGAGAAAGGACACGGGAGAGAUCAAGAUUAAGCUCAAGAACGAACACGGCUUCAUUGAGGCAAUUUCACAGUUAAUUGUGCUCGACAAACCCACUCCCCCCCUGGGUCCAGCAGAGGUAAUAGAGAGCUCAGCUAUUUGUAUUGAAUUUAGAUGGAGGCCGCCGAAGGAUGAUGGCGGCUCACCGGUGAUUAACUACAUGGUUGAGCGACAACAGGUGGGACGAAACACUUGGAAGAAAAUAGGGGAGAUCCCAGGUGUGCCCAGCUACCGCGAUACAGACGUGGACCAUGGCCGGAAAUAUUGUUACCGUAUCCGGGCAGUUACUGCCGAGGGUACAAGUGAAGUGAUGGAGACCGAUGAAAUGCCAGCCGGCACACUAGCUUUCCCUGGCCCUCCAGCACCUCCGAUGGUUGUCAGCUCCUACGACGACUGCAUCAACGUUUCCUGGGCUUCACCGAGUAAGACCGGAGGUUCACGUAUCCUGGGCUAUAUUUUAGAGAAACGCAAGAGGGGGAGUAAUCUGUGGACCGUUGUGAAUGCCAUGGACGAAAUCAUAAAAGAGAAGAAAUAUGCAGUGAAAGAUGUUGUGUCAAGAAUGGAAUAUGAAUUCAGAGUCACUGCCAUAAACCUCUCAGGACUUGGUGAAUUCAGCAGCCCCUCUGAGUUUGUUUUUGCACGGGAUCCAAAGAAGCCUCCUGGUAGAGUUACAAACCUGAAGGUGACGGAUACUUCCUACACCCACUUGGUCCUGACUUGGACCAAACCGGAGGAUAAACCAGAGAUACAGGACGAAGCGAUGGGAUAUUUUGUUGAGAUCCGUACUGCCGAGUGCAUUGAAUGGUCCCGCUGCAAUACCGCUCUCAUUAUCACGACUUCCUUCAGCGUGAAAGGCCUCAAGUCCAUGAACAUGUACUGGGUGAGAGUAAUUGGGGCGAAUGACGGAGGAGAGGGUGCCCCCGAGGAGCUGGCCAACUAUGUCCUUGCAAUGCCCUCCCCUGUGAGGCCAAAGUUCACAAACAACAAGAUGAAGAGCUUCAUGGUGGUGAGGGCAGGGAACUCUGUUAGGAUCACAGUGAACUUUGAGGCCUCCCCUCGGCCACAUAUCAUGUGGGUGAAGGACAACGUGCCAGUGGCGAAACGGGUCACAAUCAGUAACUCUGACGGCUCAUCCCAGCUGCUGAUCCCCUCAUCCGAGCGCUCCGAUUCGGGCAUCUACUCCAUUUUGGUGAAAAACCUCGCAGGACAGGAGACAUUCAGUACAGAGGUCAGGGUCACAGAUGAUCCAAAGCCUCCUGGACCGGUGGAGCUGGAGGAAAACGUGCCCGGCACGGUGACGGUGAUCUGGGAGCCUUCUCCUGAUGAGAAGCGCGAUGACCGCCUCAACUACACGGUGUCCAAACUGGACUCUACCAAACGCACAUGGACAACCGUGGCGGAAAAACUCUUCAAUAACAAGUUUACAGUCUGCAACAUCAUGCAAGGGAGGGAAUAUCACUUCCGGGUGUAUGCCAAAAACGACAUGGGCGUGUCUGCACCGUCAGAGUCACCAAUCUGUGCGACGGAGAAGAAGAAAGAGAAAUUUGCGGCGAGCGUACCGACCAGAAAGGACUGUGAUUUGCGAUGCGCUCCGACCUUCAGCGUACCUUUGAAGCUUCACACUGCACCCAAAGGCUAUGAAUGCUAUAUGAGCUGUGCGGUGAAGGGAAACCCCAGACCUCGCAUCACGUGGUAUCGCAACCACAUCAGCCUCAACACUAAUACCAACUAUUACAUCUCCAACACCUGCGGAGUUUGCUCCAUGUCGAUUCUCCGCGUAGGCCCCAAAGACACGGGGGAGUACACCAUCUCCGCGGAGAACGCCCUCGGAAGGGCCGAGUGCUCCACCGUCCUCAGUGUCAGAGCUCGGUUUGCGCCUCCUGAAGGGAACCGGCGCUCACACGUCCAGUCCGGUCCCGUCCGGUUGACCCUUCCUGGCGUCUCGGGUAUCACCGCUCUGCCUGGCUAG